CCGAAGAAGCUCCAUAACGGCGAGUCACGGUUGUCGCCCACCACGCUGAGUCAGGUCGUCGUCCACCACCAUCGACCAUCAUCACGCAGAAUGUCUGCAUCCAUCGAGGAAAGUGAGCCACCGACGUCGCCGACGACGGGCCUGCCAGUGCCGCCGAACCUGGAUCACCUCGUCCACCUCGUGCCGCCCGGCAAGCUCGACGAGGCCAUUAAGCAGUUUGAGCGCCUCGGCUUUGCCGUUGAGCACGGCGGCGUGCACGCCGACGGGCUCACGCACAAUGCCCUCAUCGUUCUCACCGACGGCGUCUACAUUGAGAUCAUCAGCUUUCUCGACGGUCCCGCAAAGGGGCGCUCCAAGAACGAGACAGAGACAAAAGACGAGUGGCACAAGCGGCGGCAGGCGCACUGGUGGUGGGGCAAGCAGGUCGGCUGGACCGACUGGUGCCUCGAGGGCGGCGUCAAGGAUGGACGCGUGGCUUCGAUCAACGAGCGCGCGAGGAGUGCAGAGGCGGUCGCCGAUGGCGUCGUCGAUUCGACGACUCAGCAUGAGGGAGAGAGCACCGCAUACAAGCAGCAACUCUGGGCCACGGCGGCCGCAUAUGGCGCGCCGACGGAUCACCACCGGCAGGAGAUGGAAGCGCGCCAACGGGCCCAGCCCAGCCUUGUCCGGUACGACGAGCCAAGGGAAGGUGGGAGAAUGGCGCUGAGUGGUCGCAAGAUUCGCUGGAAGGUGACUUUCCCCGCCGGCAGGCGCGAGGAGCGGGGCAUAGUGCCCUUUUGGUGCGAAGACGUGACGCCACGGUUCUGGAGAGUGCCCCUCCCUUCGCCUCACCACCCCAACAAGACGCAGGGGCUCACGUCCCUCACGCUCCUCUACCAUCCCGAGACGUUUUCGAGCCGGCUCUCGUCCUUGCGCCUAGUCCUCAACAACAUCGCCCCGCCCUCGUCGACGGCCGAAGAGGGCGGCUCCCUCCUCACUGUGCCACCGCCACUCGUCGACGGCAACAAGCCUGCCAUCCCGCCAGAGCCUGUGACGCUGCUCAUCGGUACUCCCGAGGGCCCACCUCUGCCGGUCCGUGUCAAGGCAGCCGAAGAUCCCGAGGAGCUGUCCUGGCUCGCAAAGUACGGCGAGGGGCUCUUUGAGGUCGAAAUCAGCGUCGCCCCAGAGAUGCUGCCGGCAAGUGCACCGCCGGAUGGGAUAGAAAGAGAGACGCAUGCAAAGGGCUACGGGCGGUUGCGACUCCACCCAAUCCUGCGGCAUUGAUUGUAGAUUAGAAGCGGGUGGUAGUGGUGGUAGUAAUAGUAGUUGUCCUCGUAGAAUAACAGGAAGGAUCGUGGCAAGGCACAUUUCUGCUCGAUAUCAAAGUAAAGGGCUUAUACCAAACCCAGAUCACCACCUCGUCACAUC